AUGCACGUGGUGGAACCCUGCGUCGGGGUUCUGACGAAUCUGGAAGUCCUCGCCUUACUUCGGCAGCAGCAGCGGCGCCUGCCUUCUCUUCAGUCUCUUCUCCUCAGUCACUCCUCGUCUUCGGAAGCUCGUCAGAAUGCGGCUGACGAGCCUGAGAAAGGAGGCGCUUCGUCCGCAGUGUCGGACCCAGCGGGCGGUCCGGCCGACGGGGCUUCCAGGGUUUUCCGCCCGGAAACCGUCAAAGCGUAUCUCUACCAGCAUAUGCUAAAUCACACCCUUCAACAUUACAUAGAGUCCACGUGCCCGUACCUCUCGCUGCUCGACACGAGUCCUCAAGAGCGACAGAGCGCCGAAACAAGCGGCCGAGAACGGACGCGGCCAGUCGCGCAACACGGCCGCGGAACUGCACGGCAAGACGACAAGUGCUCAAGAGCAGCGCUAGGCCCGUCGACACAUGAGGGCAAUGAGAGCCGACGCAGCGGCAGCGCUCUGGGAGGGGGUCCGUCCGCGAUGGUUGCGCGUGGCCUUCAAAAGCUCCUGUGUCGCCGAUUUUUUUCAUGCGUUGGUCCGUGCCUAGAGAUCCUCAGUCUCCGCUACGGGCUCUACCAAGGCGAGCUUCUUCAGAUGCUGAACCUCGGAGCCUCAAAGCCUGUCGAGAUCUACGCCAUGGUGGAGGAGUGUGCAGUCAGGCUCUCGGAAAACGAAGUGAAUGAAGUUUUGGAGGCUAUCCAGCACUUCUUGGUGGACCACAAAACCACGCCUCCGCCGUAUUCCAUUGGCGGGACAGGGACGCUGGCGCCGUGGCCGACGCCCUCAUCGCCCCAGUUCGUGCACGCAACGGGCCUGUUGGGCUCCACUGUCUCCUCUGCACUGUCCGCUUCAGCUGCCGUUUUCCCUGGAGGGGCGAGCUGCGAGAUGGCUGCCGCGACUGGCUCUUCCUUACGCGCCCCGCAGGAUGGCCGAUUGACAAAAGAGGGACAAGAUUCGUUUCUUGACCUUGCGCAAAGUGCGGAUGCCUCCCCCAAGCCGUCCAUGUUUCCUCCCGCCCCGUCUGUCUCCUCGGCCUUGAUCGCCCCUCUGGCUGCGGGCUCCUCGGGCUCUGGAGCCAACAGCCUCGCGCCUGACGAGACGAGGACGUUCCUCGAAGCUCUGGAAAUCUGUCAGGCUGGAGCGGAAAACAUUUUUGGAGAAGCGACUAUCCCGGAGCGUGGGCAAGGCGAGGAAGGUGAAGACCCUCAGGACGACUCCCGUGGAGCCCGACGCGGUCGCAGGGGCAAGAGAGCGAGCAGUGCGGCCCGAAAACCCCGGACGCGGUCCAGGCAAGGAUCACGAAAGAGACACUCCUCGGCGGGCGAAGCGGUCGGUGGCGCCUAG